GAUUUCUUUUUUGCCCUAACCCAUCUCCAUCUUUUCCCACAGCUUACCAUCGCUCCUCCAUUGCUCAUCAUUACCGAUCAUCGUCUCCGUCGCCGUCUCCUACGGUGAUCGUCGCUCACCGUCUCCGUCGCCCACCGUCUCCGUCGUUGUCUCCCACUGUGGUCGUCGUUGAUAAACCCUUCCUCUUCUCCCAGCUCACCCGCCGAUAAGCCCUUCUUCCUCUUCGCCGCCUUCUCCCAUCACUCAACAGUGAUUUCUAUUUUGAUUAAGACUCCGAAAUGCAUCCUCCAUUGACGUUACAUAGGCAUCCGAUGUGUGCUGAAAUAAUCGAACAGUUUCAGAAAUGCCAUCUGGACCAUCCUUAUGCAAAAUUCUUUGGAGAGUGCACAGAUCUCAAGAUAAAGCUCGACAAGUGUUUCCGACAGGAAAAAGCUGUGAAGCGGAAGGCAAAUUUUGAAGAGAGUAAGAAACUGAAAGAGAGGCUACAAGCUUAUCGGAAAGAAGCUGCUGAGAGUGAGAAUGUGAUGUAAACGAGAAUAUUCAUUCAAUAAUGUCGAGUUAAGGUUCAAUGUAAGACAGAAAAAUCGUGCUUAUUGCAAAUCAUAUAUAUACACAUAUACGCUAGAUUGUAGCUUGUGUUCAGUUGAUUUUGUAUUCAAUUUGUUUUAACAACAUUGCAUACACACAAGAAAUAAAAUUCAUCUGCUUCAUUACAAC